AUGGAUGACGUCAGCUGUGACGCAGACAGCCCUCCCGACUCCCCGCCCUUCCGCCCGCCUCCCUCCGCCGCCGCGCUGGCGGACGACGACGAGGGGGAAACGCUGCUGGGGGUGCGCGCCGCCUUCCCCGCGUCGUUCGGCCGCCAGGAGCAGCGCGUCACGCCGCUCGAGGCCGUGCACGCGCAGACGGCGCGCGCACACGCGGAGCGCGCCGGGGUAAAGGGGAAAAAGAAGGCUGCGGGGAUGAAGUUCAGCAUUGGGCCGAGCCUAGCGAAGAGGUUAGGCGACGGGGCCAAGGCAGGGCUGGCGGGAACAGCAGCGGUGGGAGCAGCGGCGGUAGGAGCGGCGGGCGCUGGAGGUGUGGUGGAAAGGGGAGGGGCAGGCGGAGGAGCAGAGCGUGUGGGCGGAGGAGCAGAGCGUGCGGGGGGAGAUGAAGCAACAGGGGGCAGCUUGAGGGGAGCGACGGGGGGCAGCUUGAGGGGAGCGACGGGGGGCAGCUGGAGGGAGAAAGGUGGUGCGCCCUGUGGCUCUGCGGGUGGGGCACACGGGGGGGCGGGUGGGGCAGGAGCGGUGAGGGAUGGAGGUGCAGCAGAUGGGCGGGGAGCAGCGGUGGUGCAGCGCGAGGGCGAGGGCGCGGGCGAGGGCGCGGGCGAGGGCGAGGGCGAGGGCGGGGGGGAUGCCGAGGGGCAUGCGGUAAUCGGCCCUCCGCGCCCGCCGGGCCGCUUGGAGGACGGUGGUGGCGGCCGGAUUGGGCCUCCUGCCCCUGGUGCUGCUGGCAGCAGACAGCAGCACGGUGGGCGGAAGAAGAGCCGCGCGGCAGGGCAGCAGGACGAGCAGAGGAGCGAUGGGAGUGAGGAGGAGGAUGAAGAGGAGGACGCAGAGGCAGGGGAGGAGGAAGAGGACGAGUUUGGAGUGCCGUUGAGCAAUGAGAUUGUGCUGGGGGGACACACCAAGGCAGUGGCGGCGCUGGCGGUGGAUCCAACGGGCACGCGGGUGAUCAGUGGCAGCUACGACUACUCGCUGCGCUUCUACGACUUCCACGGCAUGGACUCGCGCCUCAAAGCCUUCCGCGACCUCGUGCCGUUUGACGGCCACCAAGUGCGCGCCGUGUCCUUCAGCCCCUCCGCUGACCUCUUCAUCACCGCCACCGGCAACGCCCAGGCUAAGGUGUAUGACAGGGACGGGCGCAGCAAGGGCGAGUUCGUGCGGGGGGACAUGUACAUUCGCGACCUGCGCAACACCAAGGGGCACAUCGCGGGGCUCACCACGGCGCAGUGGCACCCGUGCGAGCGCCACACCGCGCUCACCGCGUCCGAUGACGGCUCGCUGCGCAUCUGGGAUGUGCGCGACUUCAAGUCGCAGAAGAAGGUGGUGAAGCCGAAGCUGGCGCGGCCGGGGAGGGUGCCGGUGACAGCAGCGGAGUGGGGGCCUGAUGGCCGCCUCGUGGCUGCUGGCCUCAACGAUGGCUCGCUGCAGGUGUGGAACGUGAAGGCAGGGUGGGGGUCGCUGCCGGACCUGCUGUGCACCGAUGCACAUGAGAGGGGCGACGACAUCACGGGCGUCUCCUUCUGCUCCGAUGCCUCCCUGCUCGUCUCCCGCUCCAUGGAUGGCACCAUGAAGGUGUGGGACGUGCGCAAGUUCAAGCAGCCCGUGAAGGUGUUCCCUGACCUGCCCAACCACUACCAGCAGACCAACGUGGCGUGGAGCCCUGACGAGCGCCUCUUCUUCACCGGCACCUCCGCUGAGAAGGGCGGCCGCGGCGGGCAGCUGCACUUCUACUCCAAGGAGUCGCUGGACCUCGUGCGCGUCACGGGCGUGUCGCCCGACCAGAGCGUUGUGCGCGUGCUGUGGCACGCACGCCUCAACCAGAUAUUCGCCACAUGUGGCGACAAGAAGGCGGGCGGCACGCACAUCCUCUACGACCCCACGCUCAGCGAGCGCGGUGCACUAGUGUGCGUGGCGCGGGCCCCCCGCGCGCCGCGGCCCGAGGACCUGUGUGCGCGCGUGGCAGCGCCCGCCAUCCGCAACCCGCAUGCACUGCCCAUGUUCCGCGACGAGCCCAGCCGCAAGCGCCAGCGCGAGAAGGCGCGCAAAGACCCCGUGGCGAGCCAGCGACCCGACCUGCCGAUGGAGGGCCCGGGGCACGGCGGGCGCGUGGGGCAGACCAAGGGCACCCUGCUCACCCAGUACCUGCUCCGCCCAGUUGUAAGGGACCAAUUCCCCUUUUCUUCCUCUCCCCUCCCCGAUCCCUCCCCAUAUCCCCAACCACUCCCCCGUUUUGAACCUUUCCCUCGUGUGUGUGUGCGUGCGGUGCACGGGCAGGAGGGCGGGCUGCUGAAGGAGACAUGGAUGGAGGAGGACCCGCGCGAGGCCAUUCUCAAGUACGCCGACGCGGCGGCUAAGGACCCGCAGAUCAUUGCCCCUGCAUAUGCUGCCACGCAGCCCACCACGCUGUUCCACGAGUCCGAUGACGAGGACCAGGACUAG